UACUCGGCAGUUCGGCACUCGGCAUUGAACCGCAUGCAGUGAUAGUAUUAAAUUUUAACUGAUAACAGGCGGCCCAGACUGACUUAACAAUCCAACGAAACUAAAAGUGAUAUCCAAAUAACUUUAAUCAAAUAGUAAAAAAAAAAAUAAUCUUAUCAAUUUUGAAUUGAUUGCCAAAUAAUGUCGAAAUCAAAAAAAGUCCGAUCCAGUAUCAUUAGUUCGUCAAUCGUACUUGGAGCUAUGGGUAUUCUAAUAUCAAUCCUUCUAUUAUUCCUAUGCACAAGUUCAUUCGAAUUCGAAUCCGAUACAUCGACAGCCAACAUUCAGUUUAUCAGUGUUAUAUUUCGACAUGGGGAUCGAACUCCAACCGAAACAUAUCCAAAUGAUCCUUAUAAGGAUUAUCCAUGGCCUGAUGGAUGGGGUGCGCUUACAAAGAUGGGUAAAAAUCAAUUGUACGUUGCUGGACAACGUUUACGGACAGGAUAUCGUCAUCUGAUUAAGGAUAAUUAUUCUCCUGCGGAUGUUUACGUGCAGUCCAGUGAUUCGGAUCGAUGUCACAUGAGCGCUGCUGUCUUUUUAGCUGGAUUAUAUCCACCGAAAGGAAAUCAAUUAUGGCAUGAUGACAUAUUUUGGCAACCAAUUCCAAUACAUUCGUAUCCAAAGCCAUUAGAUCAGACACUGGCAAUGGGUAAAUUAUGUACGAAAUACAAUAAAGAAUUAAACGAAGCGUACCAAUCAAAAGAAAUCCAAGAAAUUAAUAAAAAGAAUGCGGAUGUUUUUGAGCAUAUCAAUAAACAUGCUGGCAAAAAUUUUACAACAAUAACUGAUAUCGAAUUCUUCCAUACAACAUUAGAGAUUGAAGAAAAAUAUGGUUUAAAAUUACCAAAUUGGACGGCAGUUGUGUAUCCCAAUCGUACGUUACCAUUGAUGAAACAAAGUUUAGCGAUUUUUUCAUAUACACCGUUCAUGAAACGUAUUCGAGGCGGUUCCUUCAUCAAAGAAGUGAUUAACAACAUGAUUCUGAAACGUGAUGGCAAAUUAACACCGAAUCGUGAUUUGUUCUUGUAUUCAGCGCACGAUAUCACUUUGGUUCAUGUCUUCCGUACCUUGGGUUUUGAGGAUUUAUUUAAACCUGAAUAUGGGGCUACACUUAUUUUUGAAUUGUCUAAUAUUAUUAAUAACACCGAUUCAGAAGUCAAUUUAAAAUUCUUCAACACAACGGAACAAAUGAAACCAACAUUUUUGAAAAUACCAAAAUGUGGUGAACCUUGUUUUUUGAAUAAUUUUGUGAAAUUAAUGACUCCAUCAGUUCCUGCUGAAUUCGAUGAAGAAUGUGAAAAUAACAAAUAAAUUUUCCUAUUACCAAAGACUUCCAAAGAAUCAUCAAUUUUACUAUUUUAAGACUUAAUUUUUAAG